GGACGUCAUUCUACCUGACAUUCUACCUGUUGGUCCUAUUUUCCUAUUACGAUGUUUUCUACUUACCCCUACGGUAGUUUUUUUCUCAGGUUUAUGGAGUAAUUACUAGAUUUUUGAGACAUACAUUGCACAUUUGUAAUAACACUAGCGUUAUCACCAUGCCAUUGAUUUUAAUCAUCAUAUCAAUUUGUUUGAGCGUCCAGUAAUCCACAACCUGGAGACAACACAUUAAAACAUAGAAAUACCUUACAAAUUGAAUUUUUUUUUACAUUGUAUGUGUGUUCAUUACUAUUGUCACUGUUAUAUGUGUGUGCCUACACACAAACACAUAUUUGUAUUCAUUCACCAAUGCACUAGUCAGAUAUGUUUGUAUAAAUUGAAGCCAUGUUCCAGAUAAUAAACUUAUCUGUGCACGUUGCUUAUGUUAACCAAUUAUAAUUGACUACAAACCUGGAUUUUUCUAUUUCUAUCACAUACCAAUAUUCUUAAGUAUGUUAAUAAACAUGAUGAAUGCAUCCUAUUGUCCUCAUUGUCAAUGAGUCACAGAUUUCAUAACUGGAAUUGUAUAAAUAUUUGUGUACAAAUAUUCUUGAACUUCAUAAAUAACAAUUGCCGCUGAGUAAACAUUACUAACACUGUCCAAUAUAGAUAGACGAAGAAGGGCCACAUUAGGCCAACAAGAAAUUGCUAAUAUACAGGCAAAAAAAUGGAGCCCGUAUCCAACAAAUGUUUUGGAAUAUUUAACACAAUCAGUCAACGAUUCUUCUCGUUAUUUUUCUCCACAACUAGUAACUAUCAAUCUACAACCAAAUGAAGAUCUGAUUAACACAAACAAUAAUACCAAUCUAUAUUCCGAUAACUGUGAACAUUCUCUUACAGAAGAGUGUAUGACGUUGGGUGCAACAGCAUUAACAAAUCUGAGUGGGAAUUUUCCACUAUCAACCACUGAUAUAACCCUACGUACAACAACUGACACUAUAAGAACAGAUUUUGAAACAAGUCAGUCUACUAAUCUUAAUCAUCCAACAUUGGUUAAAAGCGUUCAGUCACCGAAACAAUUUCAAAAACCAAUUGAAAGUCUUGCUGACUUUUUAAUUGAUCAAAGGCCUAACUACUUAAAUCAUCACCCUCCAACUCAGGAAGUACCGUUGAUGACUCAAUCAAUGAAUCCGGCUGCUGCAACACUUCCUCAAACUGAAGCAUCUAAUCCUGUUGGUUAUAUUCAUUCAUCAACAGCACCAGCUUUUGGACCUGUCCUUCCAGUUGCUUCCAGAGCAGGGAACAAUAAUCUUAAUUUUAAUAGUCCAGUUAAAGCAAAUCAAUAUGAGACUACUGGACUUAGUCUAGUUUUAGAUGGUAAAAGCUAUGAACCUGAAGAACUACUCAACUUGGUUCAACGAUUACGACAAGAUAUUCGAGGAUACACCGAUCAUAUAAGAUGGCUUGAACAAGAAUUGAGUCAAACACGAAUUGCUCUAAACGCUCGAGAUAGAGAUAUUGACAAAUUGAAAUCAGUGUUAGAUCAAAAACUUCACAAUAAUGUAACUCAACUACCGAUUCACUCUGUUACACCAUUAUCUGAUACAUCAUGUCAAACAAUUAAACAAAAUAAAUUAAAUAUAACCGGGAUAACAUCUUCAUUAAAAGCAACUGGUAUGCAUGAAAGCAGCAUUGGACAACAAUUGUCUUUACGUACUAAGAAACAAGGUGUUUCAGGUGAAAGUUUCACUGGACAAAGAUUAUCAGGUCUUGUACAUCAUGAUAAAGAUACUUGGUCUGCUGGUUUAAUUCGAGAUGCUAUCAGCAAUAAUACAUUUUUAAAACAUUUGGAACAAUCACAAAUUGAAGAAAUAGUGGCGUGUAUGCAUAAAAAACAAAUACCUCAAGGAUGUUAUAUUAUACGUGAAGGUGAACCAGGCGAUGCAUUGUAUGUGGUGUCAGAUGGAAUAUUGGAGGUAUGCAAAGAUAAUGCAUUACUUGGACGAAUGGAAGUCGGUCGAGCUUUUGGUGAAUUGGCAUUACUUUAUAAUUGUAAACGAACUGCAUCUGUUCGAGCUGUAACCAAUGCAUCAGCAUGGGCAUUAGAUCGACGUGUAUUUCAACAAAUUAUGAUGUCUACAUGUAUUCAUAAACAACAAGAAAAUAUGAAAUUUUUAAAAAGUGUGCCUGCGUUGAAAGAUUUAUCCUCAGAAAAAAUGAAAAAAUUAGCUGAUGUCUUAGAACCAGUAUUUUAUGAAGCUGGUGAAUAUAUAAUUCGUGAAGGAGAACUUGGUGAAACAUUUUUCAUUAUUAAAUCUGGUAAAGUACGUGUUACGCAUACAAUUGAUGGAACUGAUGAAACAAAAGAAAUUCGUCAACUUUCCGAUGGAGAUUGGUUCGGAGAAAGAGCAUUAUACACAUGUGAAAAACGAAGCGCCAAUGUGAUAUCUGCUGAAGAUGGUGUACAUCUACUCUCAUUGGAUAGGAGCAAUUUUAUUUAUCUAAUUGGUGAUUUGAAUGAAUUUAAAUCCAAAACCUACGAUGAUGUCAAUCGUCCAUUAAUUGGAGUAAUAUCAACAAGUUAUCAACAAGCACGAGGAUAUUUAAAUAAAGACGAAUCUGUUACAAGUCCAAAACCUGUUGAAGAACAACAACAACCAUCGAAAGAUUUACUUUCCUUUGCAAAUAUCGAAAAAGACGAUUUAGAACGAAUCACAGUUUUAGGUGUUGGAGGAUUUGGAUGUGUCGAGUUGGUUGUUUGGACAAAAAAUCGAACCAAAACAUUUGCAUUGAAACGAAUGAAAAAACAACAUAUUGUGCAUACACGUCAACAAGAGCACAUUUGUUCCGAGAGACAAAUAAUGCUAGAGAUUCAAUGUCCAUUUAUUUGUCGUCUUUACUGUACAUAUAAAGAUACCAAAUUUGUAUACAUGCUAUUAGAGGCGUGUUUAGGUGGUGAAUUAUGGACAGUUUUACGAAAUAAGGGUCGUUUCGAUGAUAUUAUGACACGUUUUGUGGUUGCUUGUGUUCUGGAAGCGUUCACUUACUUACACACACAAGGGAUUUUAUAUAGAGAUCUGAAACCAGAAAAUUUACUCCUUGAUCACAGAGGUUACGUGAAAUUAUGUGAUUUUGGAUUUGCCAAAAGAGUUGGACAUGGGAAAAAAACUUGGACAUUUUGUGGUACACCGGAAUAUGUUGCACCAGAAAUUAUUUUAAAUAAAGGACAUGAUCAUUCAGCGGAUUAUUGGUCUUUAGGUAUUCUGAUUUAUGAAUUACUCACGGGAAGUCCACCAUUUACUGGUACUGAUCCAAUGAAAAUUUAUAAUGUUGUUUUACGUGGAAUAGAUUGUAUUGAAUUUGAUCCACAGAAUAUCAGUCGAACUGCAGGUACACUCAUUAAACGUUUAUGUGCACAGAAUCCAGCUGAACGAUUAGGCUAUGGACGAGGUGGAAUAAUCGAUAUUAAACAAAAUAAAUAUUUUCAAGGAUUUGAUUGGAUCGGUUUGCAUCGUGGUACAUUGGCUGCUCCAAUACAACCUAUUAUACAUGGUCCAGACGAUACAACUAAUUUUGAUAAAUAUCCUCAACAAAAUGAAUUGCCACCUGAUGAAACAUCUGGUUGGGAUAUAGAAUUUUAACAUUCUCUCAUUUCUUUUAUUGUUAGUAGUCUAUCUUUCUUCAACUAACUACCUACAACAUUUUUUCUUCUUUGAUUAUUUUUUCAUAAAUUAAUGUAUGUAUGUAAUUGUUUGUAUGUAUAGAUGUAAUUGUAGAUUUGUUCGAUUAGAGCUUUGUGCAUUUUCGAUGAUGAUGAUGAUGAAGUGUGUUAAUGGGUUUUAUUGUAUUCAACAUCUACCCUAUUUAUAUAAAAUUAAUCAUUAUGAAUUAAUCGCACAUGAACAACAAUACGAUAUAUUUUUUAUCCCCUUUACUGACCAACAACUCUGCAUAUUUUUGUUGACUAGUUGAAAAAAAUAAAACUGGGAACUCUGUAUUUGUUAUAAAUUAUUAAAAAUAAAAUGAUCUGACUUAUUUUUUAAGACAUUCAUUUAUUUGCUGAUAUUUUUUUCUGUUGUCCUUUUUCAUAUGCUUACAAAUUUCGGAUUUUGAAAAGAUUACAAUGAAAAUUUACAAAUGUUACAUAUAUAUAUGAAUUGUUUUUAUUCAAAAAUAGUACACUUUGUUUUAUCACUCUCUAUCUCGAAAUAAGUGAUAUAUAUAUAUAUAUAUAUAUA